ACUAGGCGAAGUGCGAAGGCGCGUUUGCCCGGUGCGGAGCCUCCGCCGUGUCAGUCACUCCCACUCGCUCUCCAGUGUCCGCUGAUGACCGGCCGGGAUGGAGGAUUUAACUAAAGACACGGAGAAAGAGGCCCCCUCGUAUCAGAGCAGGAUGUGGAAGAAUUUCCAGGAGAAAACAAAGCCGUUUUUAAGCCCUAAACUGGGAUCGGAGCGCCGCAGUGGGGACGGGAAGAAGGAGACGGGCAUUUGGAUGUUCAAGAAGAAAAGGAAACAUGUUUUUGACCGGGUCAUAUCAUCUUCGCAGCCCAAUCUGUGCUGCUCGGUUCCCGUCGGCAUCGACGGGUCCACACGCGGUGCCCUGGAUGCCAGUCCGAGGGACGGACAGAUACGAACGCAGGUGGCGGACAGAUGCGACAAGCCGGGGGCGCCGGGACACGAAAGCCAGAAGUCGACCUUGUCACAUUUGGUACUAUCCCACCAAAAAAGCUCAUCUUUGGGGUCGGCUUGCUUUGAGAAGCUGGUGGUGGACUCCGAUGCUGGGGCCGAAGAUGAAGAGAUACGCAAGGAGGCGAGCAGCUCGGGCGCUGAGGCCGCCAGGCCAAGUAAUGCUGAGCUUCUCCUCGCCAAUCCAGUAAUGUACCAGCUGGACAUCGUGCUGAAGAGCGGGAGCAACCUCGCUGUGAGGGACAGAGGGGGUACAAGCGACCCGUAUGUCAAAUUCAAGAUAGCAGGGAAGGAAGUCUUCCGCAGCAGGACCAUCUACAAAAGCCUGAACCCGGUGUGGGAGGAGAAGGUCAGCCUGCUGGUGGACAGCCUUUGCGAGCCCCUCUACGUCAAGGUCUUCGACUAUGACUUCGGCCUUCAGGAUGACUUCAUGGGCUCCGCCCUCCUCUAUCUCGAAUCUGUGGAGCUCAGCAGGUCACUGGAUGUGACCCUGGAUCUGAAAGACCCCCAGCACCCUGAACACGAUUUGGGGAGCCUUCAGCUGGCUGUCACCCUGUCACCCAAGGAGGGGGACUUCCGAGAAGCUCUGACGCAGUUGAGAAGAACCUGGAAAAGAUCUAGCAAGCCCCCGCACCAGAGUGUGAGGCUGUCAGAGCUGCACAAGAAGUCGCAGUUGUGGCGAGGCAUCGUCAGCAUCAGCCUGAUCGAGGGCUGCCACCUCACACCCAUGGACCCCAAUGGCCUGAGUGACCCCUACGUCAAGUUCCGUCUGGGACACCAGAAGUAUAAGAGCAAGACAAUGACUAAAACACUGAACCCCCAGUGGAGGGAGCAGUUUGACUUCCACCUGUAUGAUGAGCAGGGAGGAACCGUUGACAUAACCGUUUGGGACAGAGACGUCAGGAAGAAGGAUGACUUCAUCGGCAGGUGCCAGGUAGACCUGUCCAUGUUGAGUAAGGAGCACACGCACAAGCUGGAGCUGCCGCUGGAGGAAGGCGAGGGCACUCUGGUCCUGCUGGUAACGCUGACGGCCUCCGCAGCCGUAUCCAUCUCCGACAUGUCUGUCAACUUCUUGGACGACCCCCACGAGCGGCAGAACAUCGUCAAGAGAUAUAGCCUCCUGAGGUCAUUCCACAACCUGAAGGAUGUAGGCCUGGUCCAGGUGAAGGUCAUCCGUGCCGAGGGCCUGAUGGCAGCUGACGUGAAUGGGAAGAGUGAUCCCUUCUGCGUGGUGGAGCUGAGCAACGACCGGCUUCAGACGCACACGGUCUACAAGAACCUCAACCCCGAGUGGAACAAGGUCUUCACCUUCAACGUGAAGGACAUCCACUCUGUGCUGGAGGUCACGGUUUACGACGAGGACCGUGAUCGCAGUGCCGACUUCCUGGGGAAAGUGGCCAUCCCGCUGCUGAAGAUCCGAAACGGCGAGCGCAAACCGUACGGCUUGAAAAACAAGGCGCUGACGGGGCCAACCAAGGGGGUCGUCUAUCUGGAAACAGACGUGAUCUUCAGCGUGGUAAAAGCUGGUUUAAGAACCCUGACGCCGAUAGAACAGAAGUACAUCGAGGAGGAGCCUCGAGUUUCCAAGCAGCUUUUGCAGCAGAAUUUCCACCGGGUGAAGCGAUGCAUCAUGGUCCUCAUCACGGCCGGCUCCUACGUUAACAGCUGCUUCGAGUGGGAGUCUCCUCGAAGAAGCCUCUGUGCUUUCCUGAUCUUCCUCCUGGUGGUUUGGAAUUUCCAGCUCUUCAUGGUGCCGCUGGCACUGCUGCUGCUGCUGGUCUGGAACUACGUCCGCCCGGCGGCUGGCCGGGACUCACGGCAGGGCGAUGUGCAGCAAGAAAUGGAGGACAUGCUUGGGGAUGAGGACGAGGAAUUCGACAAAGACGAUAAGGACUCUGAGAGAAAGGGCUUCAUGGACAAGCUGUACGCCAUCCAGGAUGUGUUCAUCAGUGUGCAGAACGCACUGGGCGAGGUGGCGUCCUACGGGGAGAGGAUAAAGAACACCUUCAACUGGGCUGUCCCUUUCCUAAGUUGCCUCGCCAUUGUGGUGCUGAUUCUGGCCACCCUGCUGGUCUACUUCAUUCCUCUCCGGUACAUCGUGCUAGCCUGGGGUGUUAACAAGUUCACAAGGAAACUACGCGACCCCUACAGCAUCGACAACAAUGAGCUGCUGGACUUCCUGUCCCGGGUUCCUUCUGACGUACAAGUGGUGCAGUACCAAGAGGUGAAACAGGAUCCCGGUCAGAGCCCAAAUAAAAAGAAGAAAAAUAACCCCGGGUAGGAGGACUCUUCCUCACAGGAACGUCGGCCCUGCGAAGACCAAAACAACCGGCUCCUUCACUUUGAACGGAACAAUCUCUCCUUCUUCCCAACUCCUGCUGUAUAUUAUUAAGAUACACUGUAAAAAAACAGGAUAUAUAAAAGCCAAAUGGUGAAAAUAAUGGCAAUACUAAUAAGACAUUGUUGUUAUUGGAUAUUAUAUUAUAGGUUACUUCGUUGUAUCGUUUAUUUAAUUUGGUUGUGAACUGGACAAGAAUCUCUAUGUAAAUAGUGUUGCAGCUUUAACAUUUGUAGAUAUCCACUAUUGUGCUGAAUGAAAACAGAAGAGAGGGUGAGAUAUGCAGGCUGCGGACUUCGAUUCAGUGACAGACGAUUGUAGUGGCCAGACGCGUGUGGCUGCUCAGGUCGAUACUCGCCGGUCGGCUUGUGUGUAGAGGACUUCUUUCACUGUGCACUGGCAUGUUUGCUGUUUCCGGGACCAGGCCGAAUCAAACCGUAAUUAUGUAAUCUAAGUGACCAUCUCACUGCCAAUCUGAAAAGGUAUUCUCAUGGGUCCAAAGGGCUGCAUGCUGCAUGCUAAUAAAGAUUUCGUAAAAAGAAAAUGAGUAACACAUGGCGUCCGCUGACACGCUCAUGGAGCUCACAUCUUAUCUGGGAAAUUUUAGGCCAAAUGUAGCCUUCCCUUCUUCUGUGCUAGUGUCCGGCUCCUAUUUUACUAUAUUUCUCAUUAUUAUUAUUAAGAUCAUUCUUGUUAUGUAACUUCUUAGCUGACAAUUUUGUUUGAAAUCUUCGCACCUGGGUAUUUUAUUCGAGUUCACGCCAUUCUCAAGGCCUCCACUGCAUGGCCCCACAUGGCGCCUACAUCCUGUGGCCCUUAUGCUACCCUGUAAAAACCCUGUUUUUGUUGUCAUUAGGUUUGUUUUCUCGCUGGUUAAAGGUGGUCGCUUGUUUUAUUAUUCUUUUUUUUAUUAAUUGUGAUCUGGCAGGUAGAGUAUAAUAUAUCACACAUCCUACGGAGCGUUACUCUUUAAACGACAGGAUUGUCUUCUUAGCUUUCUGAGAACCUGGUAAGGUUUAUAUACUGCAUAUAUGAACUGUUAUGGUAAUACUUACCUAUAGAGUAUAUAUAUGUAUGAUACAAUAUGUUAUGCAUUUUAUAUUCUUCAAAUGAUUUUUUUUUCAUUUUUCAUUAAAGUAUAUAUACAUAUGUGUUGUUCUGACUGAUGUACUGUGUUUAAAGUGUGGAUUGCAUCUAAAAGAUCUUAUAGUUCAGUAUAUGCCUUGUUUGCAAGGAGACCAAAGUAAGUAAUUUUGAUAAAAUGCAAAGGGAUGGUUUGUGCAAAGGGUGUACAAAGCGAGCAGCUUUGUUUUCUCUAUCUGAGGCCAUGUAAGUAAUCGACAUCUGCAUUUCUUGGGCUUGUGAACGAAGGCCGGAUGUUUAUUAACUUGUACAAAUGUCUGCAUUGAAAUUCCCAUGCGCCGCUCGGUUAAAGGGAGCACUGUGAGAUUCUGAUGUGCGUGGUUAGUUUCAGCGCCGCCUCUGACAUCAUCACUGUGUGUCCAAUCAGAGGCUAAACAUCAGGAUGGGAUGUGAUGUCAGUGUUCUGGGGGUGUGGGCGGGGCAGUGAGAGCAGAAUAAAGCUGGAAUGUAAACACCA